GUCGGCCAUGGGGUUUCAUUGACAGCGGAUGUCAUUACGCGCGCCGUUUCGCGCCAAGUUUGAAAAGUUUUUUUUUUUUAGUGUUGUGCUACCGUGCUAUACUUUGUGUGUUUGUUUGAUUGUCGAUGCUAGGUUACCUCAAAAUCAUCGCCUUCAAGUGUAUAUCCAAGUUUUAGAUCUGUGAUAUACAUAUAUUAUUUAUAAAGAUCGAUUUACGAACAAAAUGUGCAAGUGAACACGUUAUCAUGUCAAAGUGUAAACACAAAGAGGAUGGCUCUACGAAAUGACGUCAUGGAGUCCAACUUCCUAGCCGCGGACACGCCGCCGAUGACCGAGAUCGCGUACCAACCGAAAACGGACUUGGCCAUCGAGUACUUUAACACUUUCAAUCAAAUAUGCGAGAACUACCGCGACGAGCGGCAACCGGACGGCCUGCGGGCCGUAGACGCGCUACGCGUUGCGCCGGAUCAGCUACGCGGCCACCACGAUGCGCUACGGGCUACGGCGGACAGCGUGCGCGCGUCGUCCGACUCGCUGCGGCUGUCCUCGGACACGCUGCGCGUUUCCUCUGAGAUAUUGGACGGCAGCCGCGAAUUUAUAAGCACAGACUUUCAAAAGCUAGAGUUUAGUGACAAAGUGUUUUUGGGGAAGGACGAGCAAGUGUUUCAGUUUGGACAGCCCGAUGCCUCCGCGUUGUUGAGGCACCGCGCGAGGCGGAGGUACAACGAAGAGCACGGCCUGCCCACCGCGACCAGUCAGGAGAGCGGGUACGGCAGCGAUGAAUUCGGGCACGACUCGCCCAGCCGGUACGCGUCGCCAAAGGGCGCCGGCGCGGGCGCCGCGUACCAGGAGCCGUACUACGGCGGCGAGUGGGGCGCCGGCUACUACCAGCCGCCGCCCUACCACCACGACCCCUACGCGACCUCGCCAGGUAUAGGCGCGGGCGCGGGCGCGGGCGAGGCGGGCGCGGCGGGCGGCGCGGAGCUGCCGCUGCCGCCGAUGUCGUCCUUCCGCGCCGCGGCGCCGGUGCACUCGCCCACCGACGCCAUGCUCGUCGCCAAGCCCACUAUGCAGCCGAUGUACGCGGGCGGCGCGGGCAGUGGGGCGGGUGUGGGGGGCGUGGGGGUGGGCGGCGCGGGCGUGGCGGGGGGUGUGGGGGUGGCGGGCGAGGCGGCCAGCCUCUCCUCGUACGGCUCGUCGCCCUCCACGCCGGUGCACUCGCCGCCGCCGCUGCACGCGCGCCUCUACCCGCUCAAACACGCGCACAAUGGACAGGGUACAAGUUGGGUGGGCGCGGGCGUGUCGCCGCCGCCGGGCGCGGGCACGCCGCACGCGGGGCCGCACACGCCGCACGCGGGGCCGCACACGCCGCACGGCGGGCAGCACACGCCGCACGCGGGGCCGCACGCGCCGCUCGCCGGCGUGCUGCCCAACGGCCACCACGUCGCCGUCUACCCGCCGCCCGUCAUGGGCGGCGGCGCGGAGCAGCGGCAGCUGGACGAGGCGAUGGUGUUCCUGCGGGAGCACAGCGACGUCGGCGUCAGCGCGGGCGCGCGCAUGGAGGAGCGGCUGGACGACGCCAUCAACGUGCUGCGCAACCACGCGGAGGCGCCCGACCUGUACCCGCAGGACAUGGCGCACCAGCCCGCAGCGAGCCGGCUGGGCGGCCUGCCGCACUUACAGCCGGAGCCGGUCAAAUUAGAGCGACAUCUGCUGCCCAACACUAAGAAGCGCAAGGAGCCGCCGGACUCGGGCGUGGACUCGAAGCCGUCCUCGUCCGGCUCCGCCGACCUGCUCGCCGCCAAGCCGCCCUCCGCCAAGCGCUCGCGCCGCUAUGUGGCCGGCAGCUGCUCGUCGGCGGACGAGGACGAGCUGGACCCCGACGCGAAGGCGGCGCGCGAGCGGGAGCGCCGCCAGGCCAACAACGUGCGCGAGAGGAUACGGAUACGGGACAUCAACGAGGCGCUGAAGGAGCUGGGGCGGAUGUGCAUGACGCACCUGAAGAGCGACAAGCCGCAGACCAAGCUCGGCAUACUCAACAUGGCCGUCGAGGUCAUCAUGACGCUCGAGCAGCAAGUCAGAGAGCGCAACCUGAACCCGAAGGCGGCGUGCCUGAAGCGGCGCGAGGAGGAGAAGGCCGAGGACGCGCCCAAGCUGCUCGCCGCGCCGCUACACCACUACCAGCCCAUGCCGGGCAUGGGCCAGGUGCCGGGGCAGGGGCCGACGGGGCCGCCGCAAUAGCGAGAGCGCGCGCGCACACACGCGCCCGCCCGCACGCACACGCGCGCGCCCGCCGCGCACGCACAAGCGCACACACACGCGCCCGCGCACGCACACACGCACGCGCACUCCUAGCCGGCACUAGGGUGCGGCUCGCUCGCCGCCGCUCUUUGAAAUACCCCAUAGUUUUGACAUUUUGAUGGAUUUUGUUUUAAUGUAACUUCCCUUUUUUUAAAACAACAGUGUAAUUUUCUUUAUGGUCUGUUUAAAUUUCUCUAUGAAUGCAUUCUGGUUGUCUUUUUUCCACACUUUAUCCUUGUUUCGUUCUUCUUCUUCGAGCCCUUGUUUCGGAACAAUUGGCGCAGCGGUCAAACUCAAAUCGUGAGACAUUCCAUGUGGGCGAGGCGGGCGAGGCGGGCGAGCAGCGCGGGUGUGUCGGGUCGUUCGCGCGCGUCUGUGCGCGCUCGGGUCGUUCCGCGCCGUCAGUGACCCCGGACUGUACAUAGCUCAUAAGUGUGUAUAUUACCUAGACAUAGGACAUAGCUUUAUAUCCUAAACGUUCAUCACGAAAUUUUUGUAUGUCUAUCCAAAGACGCGUCGAUGGAGGAAAAUUGUAAAAUAGCCCCCUAGAUAUAUGUAGCAUAAUUAAUGGAUAUAUGAGAUGAAAAGAUAUUUUAAUUACGAUUUUAAAUAAUUUUUGUUCGCUGCCAUAAGCGUAGAUUAAGGUCCGGAGUCCAUUUUCCACCGUCCCCGGAACAUUUGUUUGUAUGUAUGUCCCUCCGCUCGCGCACCGUUUUAUCGCUUGACAAUAAAUACCUUGAAAAUGGACUUUGGAAUUAUUUUACUAGGGAUUUCUUUACGCCUUUUUUAGAGAUUCGAUGUGAGACAAAUGACGUUAUAUUAUUAUUUUGUAAAUUUGUGUGUUUUUUCGUAUUUUCGUCGAAUGGGGACUAGGGGGGGGGGCAUAGCCUUACGUGAUGUAAAUUAAUUUGGGUAAAUAAGGAAAAAUACACAAAAGUUUCGUUUGGCUGCUAACUUAAGUGACGUACUUAAGAUUUUAUCUUAGAACUCCAGUGAAUUUUUAUGAUUUUUACCCCGUUUACAGGUUUAUGUUACGCCUGCGCGUAUUUUAUUAUUUUAUUUAUAUUUUUUUUUGGUAGCUGUAGCGUUUUUGAUUGGAUCGUACUUAUCCAGUGCACUGUACGGAAUUAUUGUCGAUUAUUUUUUAUGAUUGUUUUUAAUCGAAACUUUGAUUUAUCGGUGAUCAUAAAUCGUACGCAUGACAAAUGAAAUUUUGCAUGGAAAUCAAGUAUUUUUAUAUUUUUUAUAUAAUUUUUUUAUAGUGCACUCGAAAUUUGUUUUACACGAAACGAACGCGUCUCGAUAAAUUAUAAUAAAAUAAAACUCGUACUGUAAGGAAAGCGGCCGGCGUUCGUUUCGCGUCGAGGGGUGCGUCGCUCGGCAGCACUCGGCCAUUGUAAAUAUAAUGUGGAUGCCGAAGCUCAAUGUAGGGUCGGUGUCGCGGUCGCAGCGGCGGGGCCCCGGGGGCCCCGGGGAGCCCGGCGGGGCCCCGCCCGGGGCCCGGCUCGCGCGCGGCCCGCUGCCCCCUGUACCAGAUCAGUGGGCGCCACGCGUUAGGUACAGGCCGCCAGUGGGCCGCGCCAACAGCCAGCUCCCAUUGGAAAGUUCAAAAUAUUUUUUUAGUAUUUCGUAGAUUUUAAGUCACGCAAUUGCGACCGCCGUUAGCUUAGUUGACUUCUCUCUUCCAUUUAGCGUUAAUUUUAAGUUUUUUUUUUUAUAAUUAUUAUCGAUUAAUUUUGUUGUGUGCGGCGACGCACGCGCGCGGUCGCCGCGUCCCAGUAAUUUAUUGGAAACUUAUGCUCAGGUUGAAAAGCGGCACUGGAGUUGUUUUUUUAUUUCUUUCUGUUACUGAUCCUGGUGAUUUGUAAUGAUGAGGCUUUGCGAGAAUUUUUGUUGAUUUGUGAACUCUGUAUAAUGGAGCGAUCCCUCUGUUCAAAUGGAUUAUAAAUAUUACAAGAAAGCUCUUAUUAUAAAAAUGAAUAAUUAUAAUUAAAUAUAAAUGUGCCAUUCAUUUUG